AUGGGCAGCACAACAGAAACGAUUUCUUCCCCAUCAAACAUGACUUCUCCGGCUAGUGCUAUGGAUUAUUCUGAUCCAUAUUUUCUGAGUUCGACCGAUCACCCUGGUUUGACUAUUGUAUCUCAAGUUUUUGAUGGUUCCCGCUAUGGAGCUUGGAGGAGAAGUGUGCUGAUAGCUUUAUCUGUGAGGAACAAAUUAGGUUUCAUAAACGGUAGUAUCAAAACACCAGAUGAGAAAUCAGCUCAGUUUGAGAACUGGAAUCGCAAAGAUAUAGGUGACAGUGUUUUGUACUCCUCUACAGCAAAGGAACUUUGGGAAGAACUAGAGACAAGGUAUGGACAGUCAAACGGAACUCAAUUUUUUCAAAUGCAAAAGGAACUUAGUAGUAUUACGCAAGGAACUGAUGAUAUAGCCAUUUAUUUUACUAGAAUUAAACGAAUUUGGGACGAAUUGAAGUUUCUUCACAUUUUCGAAAUUUGUGGAUGUGAGUGUAAAUGUGGAGCUAAGACAAAGAAUUUGAAGGCGACGGAAAAUCAGAAGCUAAUUCAGUUGUUGAUAGGAUUAAAUGAGGCUUAUACAUUUAUUAGAGGAAACAUUCUUAUGAUGAAGCCUUUGCCUACUCCAAAUGAGGCUUACUCUAUUCUGUUGCAUGAAGAAAAGCAACGUGAAGUUCAUGCUUCUAUACAUUUUUCAGGACAAACCUCUUCAUUCAAUGCAGCAGGUACGAAGUUUCAAAAUGCAAAGUGGAAAAACAGAGGUAAUGUCCAGAAAGGCAAUUUUGAGAAUCGUAAAGGUGGAAUAUUUUGCAAUUAUUGUAAGAAAUCGGCACAUUUGAUUGAAACGUGUUUUAAGUUGCACGGAUUUCCUCCCUCUUUCAAGUUCACUAAGCAGAAGAGGACUUAUGGAAAUGCAUUAGGGAGCGCAAAUGCAUCAUUUGGAAUUGAAGAAGGAGGUCAAGGAGUUUCUUCGGAUUUUGAGGCUAAUGUGACUGCUAACAUGGCUGGUAUGAUAGCUGCCUUGUAUGCCUUUUCUUCUCACCUCAAUAAACUCCAUAAUAAUCCCUGGAUACUUGAUACAGGGGCCACACAACAUAUGACUUAUGAUAUUUCACUUCUUCAUGACACCAAAGAAUUGUCCAGACCUGUAUAUGUUAAUCUACCAAAUGGAUACAAAGUUAAAGCUAUUGGCAUUGGAAAAUUGCUUAUUCCUCCUAAUCUGAUUUUAAUAAAUGUUCUAUAUGUACCAAGUUUUAAACACAGCUUGAUCUCUGUACAACAAUUGUGCACUCAACUUGACUGUUUACUGAUUUUUAGCAAAUUUGGUUGUUACAUACAUGCCCCUUCUCUGAAGAAGCUACAGGUGUUUGGUGAGACCACUGAUGGACUCUAUGUGUUGGACAAUGCAGCUCCCAGUUCUAGUUCCAGUCUUUCUAAUGUCAGUGUCACUUCCACUAUUUCUGCUGAACCUAGUCUCCCAUGUAGUUCCUUACAAUCUCUACUUUCAGAUGUUUUCAAUGUAAGUCCUUUUGAUUAG